AUGGGCGUUGAGAAGCAAACUUUGGUUGAGGGCAACGGCGUCGACUACCCUAAGAAGGGCGAGCACGUUGCCAUCCACUACACCGGCUGCUUGUACGACGCUGACAAGGCUGACAACCACUUCAUGGGCGCUCAAUUCGAUACCUCCCACAAGCCCGGUCGUGGUCCUCUCGCCACCCCUAUCGGUGUCGGUCGUCUUAUCCGAGGCUGGGACGAGGGUGUCCCCCAGAUGUCCCUCGGUGAGAAGGCUAUUCUGACCAUCAGCCCUGACUUCGGCUACGGCGACCGCGGCUUCCCUGGUCUGAUUCCCGCCAACUCGAAGCUUGUCUUCGAGGUCGAGCUCCUCAAGGUCGGCACCAAGAGCGUUUAA